AUGACAUCCCCAUCACCGCCUGCGCAACUGAAAGCGCCCGUGAACAAGCAGAGCUGGGACUAUGUCAUGCGCAGCGGUCUGGCCGGCGGUAUAGCUGGAUGCGCCGCAAAGACAGUGGUAGGCCCGCUAGACCGCGUCAAGAUUCUCUUCCAAGCCUCGAGUCCUCAAUAUGCAAAAUACACGGGCUCAUGGUUUGGCUUCUUCCGAGCCAUGCGUGAUAUUCAAUCCAACGAAGGCACGCGAGGUCUCUUCCGCGGUCACUCUGCCACCUUGCUCCGUAUCUUCCCCUACGCCGGUAUCAAGUUCCUUGCCUACGAGCAGAUCCGCGCCGUCAUAAUCCCAUCCCAAGAGAAAGAGACGCCCAUCCGUCGACUACUCAGCGGCAGCUUAGCUGGCACCAUCUCUGUCUGCUUUACUUACCCUCUAGAAGUCAUUCGCGUGCGACUAGCCUUCGAGACCAAAACACAGCACAAGACUAGCCUGAGAGAAAUCUGCAAAACCAUCUACCACGAACAACCGCCGCCCGUACGUGCAGCUCCUCAACAUCUAGACACGUCCUCCGUUACACGCGCCGCGACCUCGUCCAUCUCUGCCACCUCGGCCGCCCUGAACAAAGCAACACCUGCCUCGGGCAUGGUGAACUUCUUCCGUGGCUUCACCCCUACCCUCUGGGGCAUGCUCCCCUAUGCCGGCUGCUCCUUCCUCACUCACGACACAGCCGGCGACUUUAUGCGACGUCCGCGCUUAGCAAAAUACACUACACUUCCCGAAUCACAAUCCUCCCAAAAGCGCGACCCCAACAAGGCUGUGCCGCUCAAAUACUGGGCUGAACUUGCCACUGGUGGCUUCGCUGGUUUCGUAUCACAAACCGUGUCAUACCCGCUAGAAGUCAUACGAAGACGCAUGCAAGUCGGUGGUGUAGUCGGCGAUGGCCAUCGUCUCGGCAUGAUGGAAGUCGCUGCACGCAUCUACCGUGACACUGGCUUCAAGGGCUUCUUUGUGGGUCUUGGUGUUGGUUACAUCAAGGUCAUCCCUAUGGUUGCCACCAGUUUCUUCGCCUACGAGCGCGCCAAGCUCGCUCUUGGUAUCUGA